AUGGUUGGAAUUAAACUCAAACUUACCUCAUCUGAAUCUCCCAGUAAUAGUCCUUCCACUCCUGUGCUCAACACCCCUUCAAAGAAGAAGAAGAAAAAUAACAAGAAGAAGGACAAAGAUGGAGUUUUGGAUCCAUCCGUUCCUCAUCUAUUCGGUCAGUCUUUAAACUCUCAACUUCAUUCCAUACGUACUGCACUACUCAUCCAAGAGGAUGAUCCUUCCUGUUCUGGCGGAAAACGCUUUGUUGUGUAUCCGAAAUUGUUAUGGCUCUGUUUGAAUUGGCUUGAAAAUAAUCCAGAUUGUACGAAUAUGGAGGGUAUUUUCCGAUUGAGUGGACAAGCAUCUCUCAUCAAUUCUGUUAAAGAGCAAUUAUCGAAAGGAAAAUUUGACAAUAUACCCAAAUUGGAGGGCUAUGAUUCCGAUUCGGAUGAUGAUGAAAGUUUUGGAACACCUACAGCAGAGGAUGAAAUUUCAAAAUCCAAUAUGCGUGAAAACAAACUCAUUCAAAAAUUCCUUGUGUACUUUUAUCCCAGUUCUGUGGCUCCAGAGUCCAUUUCGUUUGGCCUUCUCAACAAACAACCUAUUGUUAACAAUUUUAUUGAAAUUCCUGAAAUUAAUUUUGAAGAAUUAUUCCCACAAAACACAAUCAAUAACGUUUCAAGUUUGUUGAAAAUGUAUAUCAGAGAAUUACCUGAGCCACUCAUGACUUUUGAUCAUUAUGAUAUGUUUAUUGCAAGUGACGGCAUUCCUGACGACAAUGUACGACUCCAAGUCAUUCGAAACGUUUUACGAUUUUUACCAAGAUCCAACUAUUUCAUUUUGAAAAAGCUUUGUGGAUUCUUGCAUAGUGUUCAUGCCAAUUCAUCCGUGAACAAGAUGGAUGCUUCCAAUUUGGCCAUUGUUUUUGCUCCAAAUAUUCUUCGGCCUCCUCCCAUGUAUUGCAAUGUUUUACAAAUGCAAUUGAGCGAGGCCAGAUUUGCCACUUCUCUCACUCAGAGCCUUAUUUCUGAAUAUGAAUUCUUUUUUGGUGCUGAAGAUGUCAAACCAAAACUGGAGGCACAAAAAACGCCAACACCUCCUCCAAACAAACCAAAAAGAUCAACCUCUAAUGAAACCAAUAAUAAGACAAUUUCCGUGUUGUCCUCAUCGGCUUCGCCACAGUCACCAUCAAAUUCCUCUGUUGUGAUCUCGAGCGAUGGAAGUAGCACGGAAGAUGUGAUGCCACCUAAUGAUACUCCAACAACUGUAAAUAUUAUUCAACAACAAUCAUCACUUUCAGGCUUAAAGAAACCACCAAUACCAAGCAAAACAAAACCCUCUCCUUCAGUUUUUAUUCCAUCUCAGAAUGGUGGCAGCAAUGGUAACAACGUGAAUGAAUCAUCACCUAAACAACAAAAUACUAGAUGGAUGAGUCCAAAACCUCCUCCCAAUGGGCUCAAAGAUUCCUCACGUUCCGUAUUUGUGGCAUCUGCCAACCACAACGGCAGUAGUCGAUCAGAUACCAAUGUUCGCUCUGUCAUUGAGAAUAUGAAUACACUUCACACGAGCAAACAAGCAACUGCUGAAAUCAAAAGACUCUCUCGUGUUAUGAAGGCAGGAGAUAUUUGUCUCGAUGAUCAAUCCUUAAAGUCAACAACGUUAUCGUCCUUCAAUAAUGACACUGCACAGAAUAAGAGAUUACCUGUACCACCACGAAAGAUAACAGUUUUCACUGAGGCCACUGCAAAACAACCUUCCACCACUCAAACAACCAAGAAUGAAAUGUUUGCCAUUCCACCCAGAACAGUGUCACCAAGGAAGACAACAGUUACGAAUAGUGUUGCCACCACCGCCACCACUACGACCAUCAAGUCACAACCAACCAAACCUCCAACCCCCUCUAGAUUUGCAGGAGCUUAUUCGUCGACAAAGCCGCCAGUGGGGUCAUCCUCGUCACAAACAUCCACGCCAACAACAACCACUUCUACAGUUACCCCACCCAAACCUCUUCCACCACCCAAAUCAUCAUCCUCUUCGAGUGCUACUGGUAGUAGACAUCAAAAUGAGUCUCCAGUUCUUCCUCCAAGAAGGUCACUUGACGAGGAAAAGAAAUUUCCUGGUAAUAGCCUUAAGAACAAUCCGUUCAUUAAGCAAGAUGUUUCAUCCUCUGCGACGACCUCUUCAUCAUCCGGUGCUACCCGCGCCCCACCUCCAUUACCAAGGAAAAAACAAUAA